AGACGGACAAUGGUCAUUUCCUGCUGUCCGUUAGUUUUAACAGUCCGCCAAAAAACAGCACACUUAUGCCGAGAAUAAAAGAAAAAUUGUGCAUUAUUCUAUAAUAACAUGAAUUGACGCAAUUAUUCUGCGAGGUUACACAGCGUCGUAAUGUUUAAGUGUAAUUAGAAACGUUGUGUAAACGGAUUUUUUCGGGUUUACAAUGACGAAGUGGCUAAACUGAAGUGCUCUGACUGACAUUGUGCAUUCAGUGUUUUGAAAACACAUGUGAUCUUGAAGAUGCUGAGGGUCGGUCGUGUCCUCAGUUUGAGGCUGGCAGGGAGAGGAGCAGCCAGACUCUGUUCCAGUAACCCACCAAAACCUUCAGCAUCUCUGCCAAAGUCCUCUCCACGGCCCCAAGCUGAGAAACAGAGGCGUAGACGAGAGCGGGAAGAGGCUAUACUGACCAGUAAACACAGUACUUCUGAGGAUAAAUCAGUGACAUGGAGUGAGAAGGAGAAGAUACUGUAUACUGCUCCAACACCUCCUGGGACAAAGAAAGACACCAGCUUACCAUUCCCAUCCUCAUACAGUCCAGAGUAUGUGGAGUCCAGCUGGUAUCAGUGGUGGGAGAAAGAGGGAUUCUUCAGUCCAGAGCAACAUGAGAGGUUAUCUCACUCUGUGGAUCGGACGUUCUCUCUGUGUAUCCCUCCACCAAACGUGACUGGCACUUUGCACCUGGGUCACGCUCUAACUGUGGCUGUAGAAGACGCUCUGGUUCGACGGAGAAGGAUGCAGGGCUACAGAGUACUGUGGGUUCCUGGAUGUGACCAUGCAGGUAUUGCAACACAGACAGUGGUGGAGAGGAGGCUGCUGAAGGAGAGAGGGAAGCGUAGACAGGACUUCACCAGGGAAGAGUUUCUGCAGGAGGUGUGGAAGUGGAAGAACGAGAAAGGAGAAGAGAUCUACCACCAGCUGAGGAGGCUCGGAGCUUCUCUGGACUGGAGCAGAGCCUGUUUCACUAUGGAUCCAGGUUUCAGCAGGGCUGUGACUGAGGCCUUUGUCAGGCUGUGUGACUCUGGUCUGAUUUAUCGCUCAGAGGGUUUGGUCAACUGGAGCUGUGCCCUGGAAUCUGCCAUCUCUGACAUAGAGGUUGACUCGAAGGAGCUGUCUGGACAGACCAUGUUGCCUGUUCCUGGUUAUGAAAACACGAUGGAGUUUGGAACAAUGUUUACCUUUGCUUACCCCAUAGAAGGCCAUGAUGGAGAGGUGGCAGUGUCCACCACCCGUCCUGAGACUAUGCUGGGAGAUGUGGCUGUAGCUGUUCACCCUGACGAUCCCCGAUAUCAGGCUGUUCAUGGGAAACAGUGCAGGCACCCCUUCACCAACAGACUCCUGCCCAUCAUCACUGACUCAAUGGUGGACAUGGAGCUUGGAACUGGUGCAGUGAAGGUGACUCCUGCUCAUGACCACACUGACUUCCUGCUGUCACAGAGACACUCACUGCCACACAUCACUGUGAUUAGAGGAGAUGGGACCAUGACACCCCCCUGUGGACAAUGGCUGGAGGGAGUGAAGCGUUUCGAUGCCAGGCAGCUCGUUGUGGAUGCACUGGUCGAGAAGAAGCUGUUCAGAGGAAAGAAGAGUCAUGCCAUGACUUUACCUGUCUGCAGCCGUUCAGGAGACAUCAUUGAACCUCUGCUGAAGAAGCAGUGGUUCGUCCGCUGUGAUGAAAUGGCUAAAAAAGCUAUACAGGCUGUGGAGGAUGGACAGCUGGACAUCAUCCCUCACUUCUACACCAAGACAUGGAAGAACUGGCUGUCUAACAUCAGUGAUUGGUGCAUUUCCAGGCAGCUUUGGUGGGGUCAUCAGAUCCCUGCUUAUCAAGUGGAGCUUCCUAAUAGCACUGACAAAGAAGAGGAGCAGUGGGUUUGGGGACGGAGUGAGGACGAGGCCAGACUGAGAGCUGCUGUCAAAUAUGGAGUGAGGCCCGAAGCCAUCACUUUGACUCAAGACCCUGAUGUCCUGGAUACGUGGUUCUCCUCAGGGCUGUUUCCCUUUGCCAUGCUUGGCUGGCCAGAACAGACCACUGACCUUCAGCGCUACUACCCCAACUCUGUUCUGGAGACGGGCAAUGACCUCAUCUUUUUCUGGGUGGCAAGGAUGGUAAUGCUGGGCACAGAGUUGACUGGACAGCUGCCCUUUAAGCAGGUUCUGUUUCACUCUCUGGUCAGAGAUAAACACGGCAGGAAAAUGAGUAAAUCUCUUGGAAAUGUCAUUGACCCAUUAGAUGUUAUACAUGGAGUCUCUCUGGAGAGACUUCAGGAAAAAGUGACAGAAGGGAACCUUGACCCCAGGGAGAGGCUGGUUGCCAUGGAAGCACAGAGGAAAGACUUCCCCAAGGGGAUCCCUCAGUGUGGGACUGAUGCUCUGAGAUUUGCCCUUUGCUCUCACAAGAUGCAGGGAGAGGACAUCAGUCUGUCCAUCUCUCAGGUCCUGAGCUGCAGACACUUCUGCAAUAAAAUGUGGCAGACGCUGAGAUUCACCCUUGGGGUUUUGGGUGACAACACAGCAGCAGUGGAAACACUGGAAGAGACAACUCCUCUGAGCAGCAUGGACCGGUGGAUCUGCUCCAGACUUUACAGCACAGUAUUACAGUGUGAACAGGCUUUUGAAGCCUAUGAGCUACACACUGUCACAUCUGCCCUGUACUCCUUCUGGGUCCACAGCCUGUGUGAUGUCUACCUGGAGUAUGUGAAGCCUGUGCUGGUCCAGCGGGAUGAGGAGGCAGAGGUCCAGCCUGCCACAGAGCACAGUGGCAGAGCCAGGCAGGUGGCCAGCAGUGUCCUCUAUCACUGUGUAUCUGUGUCUCUGGCCUUGCUCACCCCCUUCAUGCCCUUCAUCACUGAGGAGCUGUGGCAGAGACUCCAGCCAUUCAGACCUGGAGCUGCUGCCCACACCACCAGCCUGUGUUUGCAGCCGUACCCCUGCUCCUCUCAGCUGGAACACUGGCAUUUCCCUGAAGAGGAAAGAGAUUUCCUGCUGGUCCAGGAAGUGAUCCGAGUGGCCCGCUCACUACGAGCCCAGUGUGGCAUGACCAAAGAAAAACCCGCCAUGUGGGCAGUGUGUUCACCAAGCCAGGCCCAGGUUCUCAAUCACUUUAAGUCAGCUGUUUGGACUUUAAGCUGGAUAUCCAGCCUCCAUAUCUACUGUCCUCAGAGAGAAGACAGCUUCCACUCCAGUCCUCCACCUAAAGGAAGCCUAAUUCGUGUGGUGGACCAUACCUGUCAGCUACACCUUCAAGUUCAGAGUGGAAUGAAUGUUGGCAAACAGAUCCUGCAGCUCUCCCAGCGCAGAGACAAGCUUGUUCCAAAGCUGGAGGAAAUCCUCUGCAGAGUCCGAUCUCCAAACUACCUGACAAAAGUUCCUGCUCAUAUCAGGCAGCAGACAGACAUUAAGAUGGCAGCCUUGCAGCAGGAACUGAAAACCAUUGAGGAGCAGCUGAAGGUGCUGCAGGAGACUCAAACAACAGAAUAACUACAGCCAACAGGAGUUACAGUAACUGUGUGAACUGCUGGACAUCACAACUGAUGAUGAAUUAUUUAUAAUCCUGUCUGAACUUGAGAUCUCAGCACUGCUUGAAUGAAUGACAUUGAAUGUUAUCAUAAUAUGUUGUUCACAUAAUGCACAUAAUCUCUUUGAUGAACUCUUAUAAUUAACAAUUAAAAAGGCUGCAGGUAGUUAUGGAAAGGGACAUACAUUUUUUAUUAAUGCAUAAAUUCCAUUGGUUACUCCUUAACAGCAGGUAACCGUGUCUUGUCAUGGCCUUUCAAGAACUGUGAUCACAAAUUGCACAAAUGUGUCUUUUCCUAAAUUUGACUAAAAUUUGGGGAUCUCAGAAUUUGGUGCCAAUCCCAGCUGACAUUGGACGAAUGGUGGGGUGCACUUCAGGUUCCCCAUCAAUCACAGGGCUGACAUAUAGAGACAACCAACCACUCACACUCAUGUUCACACCUACGGGCAAUUUAGAGUCACGAGUUAAUCUAACCUGCAUGUGUUCAGAUUGUGCUAGAGCCGGAGUGCCCGCAGAGAACCCACGCAGGCACAGAGAGAACUCCACACAGAAAUUAAUAAUAGUGGGAAAUUGCUGUGUUCCAAAGUCACUUCAGUGACAAUAAAAGCUAAGAACACAGACUAAAAGUAAGACCCUCAUCUCCAACCCGACAAACACGUAUUGAACAUGACACAGUGUAAAAGGCACAAUGUACUUGGUACAAGUAGUAUACAGCAUAUAACAGUGUUGUCAGUUAUACACUGUAAUGAUUUACACUGUGGUUGGUGCAGGAUUGUCCCUUCAUAUUAAAAUACAAUUAACUGUU